CAACAUUACACAGCGAAUUUACAGGGAAUGAAAUGUGGAGAUGGCAACCACGAUUGAGAGUAUCAGAGAAGCAGUUGCUGGCUUGAAGAAUCUGCUCCCUGCAGAUUUCAAGCCUGAGAUUGGCAUUAUUGGCGGUUCGGGACUGUCUGCUUUGGAAGAUGCGGUGGAGCAGCCUAAGUGGGAGGUUCCGUAUGGGAAGAUAAAGGGGUUUCCGGUUAGUACUGUACCUGGUCAUGCGGGCAAGUUGGUUUUUGGUCAUGUUGGGAGUGAGAAGACGAUGACGGUUAUGAUGGCUGGUAGAGCACACUAUUAUGAAGGACACGAGUUGCAAACUGCUACCUUUCCUAUCCGGGUUUUGGCACUUUUGGGAAUGAAGACAUUGAUAGUCACCAACGCUGCUGGAGGAUUGAACUCGACGUACAAAGUCGGCGAUGUUGUAGUUUUGCACGAUCAUAUUAAUUUUGCUGGCCUCUCGGGAGUAAAUCCAUUACGAGGCCCAAAUCUCGAUGAUUUCGGUCCUCGAUUCAUUGCUCUCUCGGAUGCGUAUGACCUUGAGCUUCGCCGCGCUGCUCAUCUAGCUUGGAAAGCGCUCUCAAAAGAUCGACCAAAGCAAAUGGCUAUGCACGAAGGUGUAUACGCAUUUGUUGGAGGACCAAACUAUGAAACAAGAGCAGAGUGCCGUAUGCUUUCAACGCUCGGAGCUGAUCUGGUUGGUAUGUCCACCGUACCUGAGAUCAUUGUUGCGAGGCAUUCCGGUGUUCGUGUACUCGCAAUGAGCUUGGUCACAAACGCCGUUGUAAUGGAUCCUGGUCCACGAGGAGAUGCCAUCCUAUUGGCGGAGAGUAACGAGACAGAGUUAUCCGACAUGUUGAAGGAGGGUAAGGCCAAUCACGAGGAAGUUUUGGAGGCAAGCCGCAAUGCCGCCCAGGAGAUAAAGAACCUUAUUGUAAAAAUCGUGGAAGUGGAGGCAUCGAAGAACAGAUAGACGAUGCCGGUCUUGGGAGGUUCUGUCAAGCAUAGAUA